UAUUUCAACAUUGUGGGAUUGCUUAUUUUUACUUCUCUGAAUACUUCUUCCACCAUUGACCUAUAUGGAUUACAUAGAGAACAUUGUUUUGGGGUUUUAUUUUGCCUGGAAGGGAUUCUUAGCACUACAUCUAAUAAUCUGUACAGCUGCAGUGAUGCUGCAGAUGCACAUAUGGUAAAAUAAUAGAUGUGCAGACCUGUAACUGCACACAGGGUCAGCAUGGGGGAUCAGAGUCACUACACAUGGUCCUCUGUACACCAGGUGAUGAACAAGUCACAGCAAUUUUCUUUAGGUAUAUCUUUUUCUUCAGGGCUUCAUUUAAAACUUACUUGAGUUGCACAUUUUCAUUGUCUGCCUAGUUUUGUUCAUGUUGCAAGUAAAUAUGUAAAUAUUAAACAUUUGGUCCCUAUAGGCUUUACAGCAAAAACUCUGAGGUCAGAAAGUGAGGGACAGUCCCUAAACACUGCCAGGUGUCCAUGGCAUGGCAGAGAACAAAGCAAUUUCUUCAGUAAUAGUGAAAUGUUUUUAUUAUUAUUUUGAUCUCAUUGCACCUUCCUUGCCACAAUUUGAGAGUUAUAAAUCGGACUAUUUUGCUGCAGUAUCAGCCAGCUUCCGAGAGCAAUUUUUCAGGGUGACCACAAAUAAACAUGGAGUAGGUCUUGUGUUUCCACACUUGAUGGACAGUUGAACUUUUGAUUACGUUUUUAGGUAUCCGCCAUUUUGAUUUCCAAAUCUGACAGAUUUUUUGUUGUUGUUGCCUGCCUGCUGAAACAUAACUUGGACAGUGUCGAUACCGCAGGUCAACACAGACCAGGCUCCGUGCAGCGGCGGCAGUGUAAACGACAUUGCAACCGGGAAAAGGACCGUUUCUCCAAGCUAACAAACGGGCAUCUAUGGGCCUCCGGGUGACAUGAGAGCCAAACUCAGCCGAUUUGCCGUUCAACUUUUGGGUGACGACUGAUACGAAGAUGGAUACAUGCUUGAUGCCAAUAUCUCCUGGGUUUGAGUGUCUGACUGAAGUGGGUGUGUUUGUGUCUUCAUUCUGUGAAUUUGCUGAUGCUGACUGAUGUCCAGGCCAUGCAAUGUCAAUAAGGCAAAUGGCUGUUUAGCAAGAUCUGACUGAGGAUACUGCUCCUUGUCCAUAUCUAAGUGUGUGUGCCGGUGACGUCAGCCAUGUUUUGGAAAUUUGACUUGCACACAUCUUCUCACCUGGAGGCUUUACUGGACAAGGAGGAUGUCACGCUCAUUGAGCUCAUGGAGGAGGAAGAUGUGUUGCAGGAGUGCAAGGCCCAGAACAGGAGACUUCUCCUGUUUGUGUGCCAGGACCAGUGCAUGCAGGACCUGGUCCGAAUGAUUACUACAGAGCCCCCUACUGGUGUAGAGGAGACACGGCGCUUCAAAUAUCCAAAUAUAGCAUGUGAGCUUUUGACAUGUGAUGUGGGAGUGAUCAAUGAUAAGCUGGGUAAUGAGGAGCCUCUGCUGGAAACUCUGUAUGCCUUCCUGGAGCAGCCGUCCCCACUUAACCCCCUCCUGGCAUCCUUCUUUAGCAAGACAAUUGGGAACCUCAUCACACGAAAGACCGAGCAGGUGAUUAGUUUCCUGCGACAGAAGGAGGGAUUCCUUUCCUUGGUACUGAAGCAUAUCGACACAUCAGCCAUGAUGGAUGUGCUCCUGAGGCUUAUCAGCUGUGUUGAGCCACCCCCUCUGAGGCUCGAGACACUUAUUUGGCUGAAUGAAGAGAAGCUGGCCCAGAGACUCAUAGAGCUCAUUCACCCUGAGAGAGAUGAAGAGAGGCAGUCCAAUGCAUCUCAGACUUUGUGCGACAUCAUUCGUCUGAGCAGAGACCAGGCCAAUCAGCUCCAAGAGAUUUCACAGCCUGACCCUUUGCUGACUGUGCUGGAGUCGCAGGAGUGUGUGGAGCAGCUGCUGCAGAACAUGUUCUCAGCCGAAAGUACUGAGAGCUGUAUCAUCAACGGAAUUCAAGUUCUUCUCACAUUACUGGAAAUCAGGAGGCCUGUGGUGGAUGGUGUAAUGGAUGCUCAGGGAUUUGAGAGAAGUUACACCGUUAACAGCAGCAUUUUGUUGGCCAUCCAACCACACCUGAUACAUUUCCACCAGCUACUUCUGGAGCCACCCAAGCGGAAUCCCAUGCUGACUUCUAUGGGUGUGCUAGAGGAACCAUUAGGGAACACACGUCUGCACGUAGCCAGACUGGUGGCCUCUCUGCUGUAUACCAGCUCUGCUAGCCACGCGGUAGUAGCACAGGAACUCUGCCGACUCAAUACAAUGGACCUGCUUCUGGACUUGUUCUUCAAGUAUACAUGGAACAACUUCCUGCACCUCCAAGUGGAGCUUUGCGUUGCUGCCAUCCUCCGGCCCUGUGCCCAUGAAAUGAGACUUCAGCCUGGCUUGGGAUCCCAGGACAAAUCCAAUCCUCAUCAGGAUGCCUCACAGGAGCAGGCUUUGACUGAUACCCCUUCUGAACCUUCAGCCACCCCUGAAAACUCUACACAUAAUCUAAUGGUGACUCAUUUGUUUCAGCACUGCCACCUUGUCCAGAGGAUUCUGGAGGCUUGGGAAGAGAAUGAUAAAAUACAGUCAGAAGGUGGUAUGAGAAAAGGGUACAUGGGACAUCUGACCAGAAUUGCCAACACAGUAGUCCACAACCUGGAGAAGGGCCCAGUUCACACACAGAUUAGUAGUCUCAUUACAGAGCUGCCAGAGGACUACAGAGGGCGCUGGGAAACCUUUGUGGACCAGACCCUGUCGGAGACUAAUAGGAAGAACACCAUAGACCUGAUUGGCAUUGGAAACCCACGCCCUUCCUCAGAGGAUGACAUGGAGAGCCCCUUCCCGAAAGAACUGACACUACAGCAGGCCUUUUCAGACUACCAGAUCCAGCAGAUGACGGCUAACUUUGUGGAUCAGUUUGGCUUCAAUGAUGAGGAGUUUACUGAUCAUGACGACAGCAUUGGAGCAACGUUUGACCGAAUUGCUGAGAUCAAAAUCAACAUUGAUGCAGGACAGGACAAUGCUAAUACAGCUGUGUUUGAGACCUGUUCCAAGGAGAGGAUUCAGCCCUUUGACGACGAUGAAGAGGACAUUUGGGAGGAGAAAGAGAUCAAAUUUGCAGCACAAACCAAGUCCCGUAACAGAUUCGGUGGGUCACGAUCAUCCCAGAGCCCAGCAGCCAGUAAAGAUUGUGAUAGGACGGCAGCUUCUGGCACCGAGGCCUCUGACAGAGCAGCAGACUCGGACUCCGAGGAGGGAGAGAAUCCCAAAGAGGACCUGGAUCCUUUCUCAAGCCAGGGCCAGACCGAUGGAACAAAGAGCACUGGCUGGGUAGCAGACUUUGGGGAGGUGAACUCAAAGGCUCCUGCAGCAGGAGUGGGCUUUUCUGCCUGGGACACUCCAGACUCCAAACCAGCUGCCACAGAGGCGGAGGAGAAAGGAUGGGCCAAGUUCACUGACUUCCAGCCUUUCUGUUGCUCUGAAACAGGCCCUAGAUGUAGCUCUCCUGUGGACUCUGAGCUCAGCGGACCAGGCAACACCAAACCCAACCAGAACCCGUGCGUGUGGAGUGUGUGUGUGGCGAGAAAAGCUCCACUGGUAGCGUCGGACAGCUCUUCCUCCAGCAGCUCAGACAGUGAUGAGGAAGAGGGAAAGACAGAGUCUUCAACCACCGAUACGGUCACCACAGAAACCAUCACCACCGGGGCUGGAAAGGAGACCAUUCGGCUCACUGUGGACGCCAAAAAUGAAAGGGCAGUCUUCAGCAGAGUAUUCAGACCAGCAGUCAGACGCGAAGCAGUUAAGGUGCCAGUAGAAGGACUCUCCAUCAAAGACAAGGAGAAAGGCAACAAGAAAGAACACAAAAAGGGAAAGAAACAUGGAGACUGUCCCAACCCAACUACCACCAGUCCAACUAACCAAUCGGCUGCUGUCACACAAGAGAUGCAGCCAUCGGCUAAUGGACCGGCCUAACGAUGCAGCAAAGGCACACACACACACACACAUGCUCCAUACCGUUCCAUUCAACACACAGCAAUGCCAGCUUUGCUUCACGUUAGCAGCCCUCAUUUUCCCUUUUUGUGUCCGAAGAAUGGUAUGUGCUCAGUGUUGAGGUCACACAGCCCUCAACAGUAUGUUUGCUGGGUAACACACAUCUACACGUAGGUGCAUUGAUCUCUCCUGCACCUAAAUUAUAACUGAACCGCUUCAAAGAGGAAUGUAUGUUUCACAGAACAUUUCAUCGUACUACGCACCCAAAGCCAAACUCAGAAUGUAAUUUAAGAGAGUGACAACACUCUUCCCUGUUUUGAUGAGCAGAGGUCACACUGAGUCUUUGAGGCUGUGGCACUUUAAGUAAACAAAUACCGUAGUCUGAAAUUUGACCUUUUUUAUUAAAUUCAGCAUCAAAUUCCAGAUUGUUUGAGCACGUCUGCUCUCCGGGCAUUAAAUCACAAACCAGAGUUUCUUUUCUAUUGGAGCAUUUGACUGUUUACACUUUAGUAAAGAAAACUGUAUUCAAAUAAUCCGCCAAGAUUACAAAAGCCAAGAUGCUUGCAAAGCUAGCUGCCAUUUUCUCUUCAGCGUUUCAUGCCAGGCAGACAUUUUAUUAGUACAAAUGUGUGAGUGAUAAUUUGGCUUUUUUUUUUAUACAUGCUACUAAAAUCAUUUAGUUCGAUUUCUUUGCUUUGAUCACGCACAACAUCAACGCUCUCUUUUUUUUAUUUGGAGCCUCAGAUUUGGGAUCAUCAUGUGUCACCCCCCUCCAUGUUGAAAAGUGUGUGUGCUGUUGUAUUCAUGUGUGAAGGCAUGUGUGUGUAUGUGUGUUUGAGCUCUGUCUGAGGUACAGAGUGCAUUCUCAGGUCAAAGGAGAGUUAUGAGGCUACAACGAAAGCACACCUGUGUAACAUUCACACAUACAUACAGUGCUGUACACACAUGCAUACACAACUAAAUCCUGACACGCGUGCAAAAAAAAAAAACAAAAAAAAAAACAGUGAUGUCCACAAUUCAUAUCACCGUCUGAGCUGUUUAAAUGUAAUAUUGUGAAAUUUGAACAUGUAUUAGGUUGUGGCUAUUCUUGGUAAUAUGUAAACGUAAUAUAAAUAUAAACGGUAUAUAUAAACAUUAUAUCUAUUUUUGGAAUAAAUCCAAUGUAUGGAAAUGCGGUUGUUUGCAGGUUGCAACGUGUGUAUUGUAUGUGUGUGUGUUGUACUGUUGAAAUGAGGCAAUAAUGACGUGUGUGUUUCAGUUAAUACUCCAGCAUCAGUUCCUGUUGCUCUGCUACUUGCUUCCUACAUAGAGGUUGCGUGAGAGUGUGCGUGUAUUUGAGUUGGUAGGCUGUGGUUUGUCGUCCUUAUUUUCCGAAAGAAUAAUGCUGUCUUAGAGCUUGGGUCUUGUUUUCAUUCAGUUUUAAACAAAAUACCAGAUUAACUGAUCUCAUUAGGAAGUGAAAACGCUGGUGAACAUCGAAAUAAUACCAAAACUGCUGCUUCAACCUUAAUAUUAUUAUUAUUAUUAUUAUCAUCAUCAUAUUAUUAGUGUGCACAUACUUUUCCUAUGUAAAAUACUGGACAACAAUUUUGCUAAUCAAUUAGUCAUUAAGUAAUUUUUCAGGCAAAAUAUCCCAGUUUCCCAAUUUUGAUCUUUUCUUUGUCUAAUGUUGUAAUUAACUGAAUGAUUUUAGGUUUUGGACUGUUGGUCAGACUUUAAGAAAUGAUGACAGUUGACAGACCAACCAAUGUAUCGAUCUAAUCAGUCAACUACUCAGCUAAUCAAUCGUCUGUGGCAGCUGUGCUCUCAACACUUUGAGAGAACACACAUUCACCUUUGCCACAAAGUAAAGUGUAUUAACAUUAUACCUUGUUGAGUACAAUCUAAUCAUAACCGAUAGAAAUCAUGACAAAAACAAGACCCACGUUGUUAUAAACCAGAAUGAUUCUUUAGGUUUGUGUGUGCCGGACAGUUACGCUUUACUUUAUCGUUCUCCUUGUCGCUCUCUUUCUCAGGGCAGGAGUUGACUUUAAUUGCAUAUAUGCCGAUGGAACGAUUUCCAUAGAUUGUUGUAUUUAUUUAAAAAGCACUUUUUCAAGAAGCACUUUUGGUUUGUAUUUGGUGGUGCCAAGCGCCAUCACAUUAUUCCCCACUCUGAGGUGGUGGGAAUGUUUGACUUGAACGAGUGAAUUAUGUAGAUACUUUAGAAUACUUUUUUCUUCAAUGCUUUCUGCCAAAGUGUGUCUUCCCACCAGUGUUACAGCUGGCUUUCAUAUCUGUGAAGUAGCCUCCAUUCUUGCAAUGGUGUCACAGGUCUAGAUUAAUCCAAACCAGUCUUUGUUUGAUCCCUCUCAUUUCUUUCCAUCAUGCGAUGGAGUUAUCAACAGUAAGAGAGAGGAUGCCACAUGUCAAAGAAAGACUUGGAAGAUUCAUCUUAGACCACAGAUAUUUUGCUUUUAUCUGUUCAAACACUUUGAAGUGUUUGACGUGGAGCUGUGUAGAGUAAGCAUUGGUUCAAGUCAGGGUUAGAGGAGAAAAACAGGGCUUUUUCUUUUGUCAGGGUGUGUUCAGGUCCGGAUUUUCAUCCCGUCCUUAUCCAAACCUAAGCACUGCGUCUGACGCUUACGUUGUGUUUUUUGGUGGGUCUCCUUCACCUUGAGUGGGCUGCGUGUGCAGUGUAGCUACGAGUAUGGUGUGAUGUUUUGCAUUAAUGGCAUGAGGUACAAUACCAUCAUCUUUAAGUGCCAUUAGGUUUGCACAUUAGCCUCAUUCACCUCAUUGGGUGUGUGCUGUGUUGUACAGUGUAUGCCCAAAACUUUAAUUAAGAGACAAUGGGUGUUCAAUUGUUACUUCAUCCCAGUGUCUGUUCUAAGGCCAUUUCAAAGUUUAAAUCUUCCUCACGUUAUAGCUUAUUGUGUAGGUGAGUGUGUGUGAAAGGCAGCUGUGUUGUAAAAUAGCUUUUUUUUUUUGUAAAGUGGACUGAUGCUGGUGUGUGUUUUUUUUCGUUUUUUUUCAUUUAGGGAGUAAUGUGUCUGUUUCCUGUUGUCAAUUUUGCUUGUACAUUCAGAUAUGAACCUAAUAAAUAUGUCAGACCAAGAAGAA